CUUAUUAUCAAAGUGCCGAUUAUUACAGAAAUCUGCAGCCUUUGAACUAUGGGGAAAGCAGCCAUUAUUUCGCCCGGUUACCAGCAGAAGAUUGUGACAGGAGCCACAUACCCCUUCAGAAAACCCAUCAUUCAGCAUUACAGGCCCCAUUAUAUCUUCUAAAGUGAGUGUGUAGUCCAGUCGCAAUAACAACUAUUUAUCUAGGGAAAAGUUUAUGUUUGUUUCUCAAAGACUGAUAUGGUUCACCACAAACACAACAUACAUCCACAGAUUUUGACUGGGUUUUAUUGGGUGAUUUUGUGAAAAUGUUGAGAAUCAAUGAAUUCCAUAAUAACCAAGCAAAAUGAUUUUAUAAAUCUUUGAAAAAUUAAAACAUCUAAAAUAUGACAUUUAUAUAAGUAUGGAAACCCUUUCACGCAACACCUUUGGCAGUGAUUACAGCUUUGAGUCUUCUUGGGUGUGAUGCUACAGGCUUGGCACAUGUAAAUUAUUCGGGAAGUUUCUCCCAUUCUUCUCCGUAGAUUCUCUCAAACUCUGUCAAGCUGGAUGGGGAAUGUUGCUGCACAGCCAUUUUCAUGUCUUUCCAAAGACGUUCGAUCAGGUUAAAGUCGCAUUGAUAUGGCUGUGUGCUUAGGGUUGUCCUGUUGGAAGGUGAAACUUCACACCAGUCUGAGGUCCUAUGGAUCAUAUUUUUAUGUAGGACAUGUCUGUACUUAGCUCCAUUCAUCUUUCCCUCGAUCCGUCACUGAAAAACAUCCCCACAGGAUUAUGCUGCAACCACCAUGCCUCACAGUAGGGAUGGUGUUGGCCUGUUUUUUCCAGACAUGACACUUGGCAUUCAGACCAAAGAGUUCAAUCUUGGUUUCGUCAGACCAUGGUCUGAAUCAUGGUCUGAGAGGCCAUUAUGUGUCUCUUGGUGCCUUUGGGCCAAACUCCAAGAGGGAGGUCAUGUGUCUUUUUCUGAGUAUUGGUUUCCGUCUAAAGUUCUACAACCUAACCAGGAGGGAAGUGAUUUUAGGGACACUCAUAAAGUGUCAAAUAUAAUCAAAUGAAUACAAUAUUCUUGAUUUAAUCAUAUUUGAUGAUUACAAAAGAUUACAAAAAACUACCAAAAGAAUAAAGGAAGGGUUUGAAUUUCUUAUGAAAUUUAAAAAUGCAUAUAAUUCAAUUUCAAACCAGUCGCAUCAACACACCCAACAGAAGUCACUGGUAGCUUCAGGAAAAUUCCAGAAGGUCCAUCUGGGCCAGCCCCACCCCUACAUACCUGCCUCCUAUUGGGAACAUGUCUGGGGAGGUAUUUGAGGGCUCCCAUGGAGCUGCUCAGGGACGAGGGCGGAAGCAAGGAUAAUGGACAAGAGAACGCUACAAGAUGGAGGAGCUGGAAGAUGUCCAGGAGAUGGAGGGUGCUUGAGCAGCUGCCAAAGUAGUGCCUAUUCCUCCCAAACACACCUGUGACCUUUCCCUGUCUCUCCCUGUUACACUGGUGUAGGAUGCGGUCAUAGCCCCAGGCCAGAGACACAUCUCAAGGUUAAUUUACAUUUUCACAAUUUCACAAAAAUUAAGAAUAUAUAUUUGGGAUAUAUUACCAAAAUACCAUAAUUAAAUUCUGUACGCAUUUUAUCUAAUAGGAGUUAUUAGUUGUUGUAUAUUGGCCAUAUACCACACCCUUCAUGUCUUAUUGUUUAUUAAACGUAGGGGGUAAAAACAUAUGUAAUUGAAGGUUAUUAGUUUUAUUUUCACAGAAAAUUCUUGUUGGACUGUUCUUGCUGACACAUGCCUUGACAUUCUCAGUCACCUUGGAAUUUGUUUCUCUUCUGUUUUUGCUGACAUAUCGCGGUAAUGCAUGAUCACCGCUUAUUGAAAAAUGCGCUUUCGACCACAAUCUCCAACUCCAUUUACUGAUGUCUGUCCUACAGAUCUAAAACAAUAUUUAAAAUUAGACAGUUCUGCCAUCGGUGCCCAAAUAAUGAACCCUCUUUCAAAGUCUUUUAGAUCCUUUCCUCUUGCCAUCUUGAUCUAAAUAAGAGGUCAAAUGGGCAUGCUCAGCAUUUUUAUACAUGCCACGAAGCAUUGCUUAUUUGUAUCAUGCAAAUAAGCAAUGUUUGGAAGCAUUAGAUUUUUAUGAACUUUAAGUUCCUUGACUAAUUUAUUCAGGUCUUUCAUUAAAUUUGUCACCCGUCUGACAAACAUUUGAAGGGCUUUUCAACAUUUUAAGAAUAUUUAUAUAUAUAUAUAAUAUAUUCUUUCACUCAGAUACCAAAUGCCAAAGUAAUAGAACCCUCCUCUUUAAAACCCUAAAAUACCUUUCCUUUAGCUACUUUCAGUCUCCAAUUCAUAAACCCAAGGCCAUCCCUCUGGGUACCUUGCCAAUUCUUCAGGACUUGCAUAUUACAUGAAAUUACCGUGUUAAGUCUCAGGAGGAGUAUUAUGUACCCAUGAUGCAAAUAGAGGACUUUGACUCUGACCUUGGGCUAUGACAAUGUAGGUUCCUGAGACUAUUUUUGGGACCAGGCUACAUUCUCCAAUGGACACGUGAUUCAGUUUUAUCUCCUUGUUACUCGGCAAGUGGAAGAAAUAGCAGUCAUACAUGAUACUAUACUGAAAGGCUAAGCAGAUGCAAAGUAGCUUUUGGUAUGAACUUCAUUAUAGGAUCCAAUUAAAAUUAUGUUAUUGGAUACCUCACCAUGUGUGUUGUAUGAACAUUCAUACCUGAUGUGGGAAACUGACUGUAUUUGGGGUCUGAUGUCUAUUUCUGGUUAUUGGAGCAUGUUCAGCUCUUCAGGCUACAUUGUAAUUGAUAAGAAUGACAUUGAAGUGGACAUUGUGGGCGUAGUAUAGUUGGACCAUGAUUUUUUAAAAUUAUUAUCACAAAGUUAAAUUAAGCAUGCCAUUUCCUUGUCGUUCCUGCAAUGGUUACUGGAAUCAAAAACAUCCCACAAUGUUAUUUUAGGUCUGUGAAUCACUGUUGUUGGGUGUCCAAUCUGAGUUGAUACAGUGGAAACAUCAGACAUGAGUGCAGCUGCUGACAACCCAACCCCCCAAAAAUGUGGCCACACAUGAGUGCCUGAAAUGUAUCAUACCCAGUCAGGCAGGCAAUGGUCUGUUUCAAUCACAGCAAGAUUGAGAGAACCUUAAGGAAUCUGUUGCAAGGAGAGGAGCCCAUGCUUUACUGCAGCCGGCCUUUUUCACAAAGACCAUUGAAACCAACUCUCACUGUAUUUUUUAUUAUCUUUCUUUUUCCCCAGGGAGAAACACAGUUGAUGACUGUAGUUAUUCCUAUCAUACUUAUUAAAGUGUAGAACUAAUUCUAAUACUGGCAUCACAAAUAUUUGCAUUGGCCCUUAGGACCAGAGUCUAUGCUCAAGCCUUCACUGAGGCUAUUUGGCCAGCAGCAGCCACUGUUCCAGCCAAUGCCUACACAUCCCCUAGGACCCCCUCCGCCAACCCUCGGACCCCCUCCACCAGUGGUAGUGGGCCCGGACCCCCUCCACUUCCCCAUCUCCAGCACCCUGUCCACCAAACCUCCAGCUCACCUCCAGCUGAUCCAGGGCCCCCCCUGCCCUGUCCCCUGCCCAGUCCCAGCCCCCACUGCCCAGGCAGCCCUCAGCAGCAAGCCCCAGGAGGAGGAGGCUGAGAUGGGGGCCACAGAUCAGGACGCUACCUUAGAGGAGCUGUGUAAGCCUCUGUACUGCAAACUGUGCAACGUCACCCUCAACUCCGCCCAGCAGGCACAGGCCCACUACCAGGGUAAAAAUCACAGCAAGAAGCUGAGGAAUUUUUAUGCAGGUAGUCAGCAGCCGCCUGCAAUUACAAUUCCGGAGGUCAUAGAGCCAGGUUCACAGUUACUGCUACCAACUCCUCUGACCGACAGUGCAACUUCCAAACAGCCGGUAUCAUUCAAGGGUGCCAGCAGGGUGAUUUUAGCCACAGAAAAUGACUAUUGCAAGCUGUGUGAUGCCUCAUUCAGCUCCCCGGCUGUGGCCCAGGCACACUACCAAGGCAAGAACCAUGCCAAGAGACUACGGCUAGCUGAGGCCCAGCAAAGCAGCAUCAUCCUAGAAUCGGCUGAAUGUGUCCAAAGGCGUCCGAGGAAAGAAGGUAGCGAGUACAGACUGAUCAAGAACCGCAGGAGCCCACAGUUGCCCCUUGCCUUGCCAGGGCCUUACUACAACCCGCGGCCCAGGCAGAGGAUCCCCAGGGACCUUGCCAUGUGUGUGACACCCAGCGGCCAGUUCUACUGCUCCAUGUGCAACUCCGGGGCCAGUGAGGAGGCCGAUUUUCGCCUCCACCUCGAGAGCAAACAGCACAAGAGCAAGGUGUCGGAGCAGCGCUAUCGCAGUGAGAUGGAGAAUCUGGGAUACACUUAGAAGAGGGGAUGGAAGUGUGGAACUUACAUGCGCCAGAGGACUGUUAAAUGGCAGGAAACUGCAGCAAAUGUGAAAGGGUGAAAGAGGAGGGUACAUUUAGGGAUUGAUAUGCAUAAACCACUCUAAUGUUCAGUUUUUUCAUGCGUUUGGAUUCUUGAUUCUUUUGUUACAGUUUUCAUUGGUUAUAGUACUGUACAUAUUUGAUCUUUAUUUCAAGACAUUUUUAAAAGGUUCACUCCUAUCACAUGAUCAUCCAUGUUAAAUCACCUUUCCUGCAUAAAAAUUAUCUUGCAAACCAGUCAUUUUAGAAAACAAAUUCAGAGAUAAUGAAUUCUAGAUAACGUUUAGAGAAUAGUUUUGAGGUUUUAUUUUUACUUUCGUAUGGGGUGAUCAUGUUACUGAAGUGGCUCUUUAACACAAUAUCCACUUUUUGUAUGUUUGUGUAUGUUUCAUUCAUAGUUAAUUCUGUUGUAAUUUACUGACCUGAGCCUGGGCAGGAUUUUCAUGUAUUUUGCACUUCAGAUGGAACCGGGGAUUUUUCCAUAUUUCAAGCUGAAUUCUACCCAUGGUGUUUGAAGCCAACAACCUAUGAGGAAUGGAAAAAUCUGAAGAACUGUAACUCAAAAUCAGUUUCCUUUCACAGGUUUUAAACAUUUUAUUACGUUUGACUAGAUGGGCAUUUCAAUGUGUGGAAGGAAGCAAAGAUAUAUAGACUUCUACCAGACCAGGUGAAUGUACUGUGAUUGCAAAGACAAUAAUUUCCCGGCAGGCCUUGCACAAACAAGUGACAGAAUUUUUUUCAACGUAAAAGAAGUUCCCUUUCCUCAUGUGUGUUGACAUGGGUUUGGUACAUCCCACUAGCAUCCUGAACAGCCCUGUAAACUCAGCCUCUCAUCCUGUUUCCUUGUUAGUAUUGGAGCCUUUGAAAUACAGCUGCUGUAAGCCCCUGACUUCCCAAUGGGAGAUCUGAUCUCAGAAAACAGUACCUUCGGGAGAACAGAGAGCAGCGCUAGUUUAAAUUGGGUGAAUUAGGGUUAUUUCUACUUGGCCUCUACUCAGUCUCAUUUAGAGGAAAGGCAGUUUUGGCUGUUUUUCAAGCCAAACCAAAGCUUGAGUUUACGUCCCUAAUAUAUCUGCCUGAUGCAUGCCUGCAUUCAUUAUUGUUUUUUUUUCUCCAGUCGUAUUACCAUUAUUGCUCGUUAAAAUGUUUUGUAUCAUAUACAUUUGUAAAGCAUUUAACUAUGAUCUUUUUAUGAAUUUUAUUAGUUAUCAUUGCUUUUUGAUUUAAUUGAUUGAUUUAUACAUGUUGUGUUUUCUAUGUGUGUUUGUUUUUACAGCUGGAGAUUUUUUUUAUUUGUUAUCUAAUGUAUUUAAGCUUGUGUAGCAUUGCUUUAUUAUUUAUUUAAAAUUCAUCAUGUUUUCAUAUUGCACUGUAUAUAGUUUUUGAAAUUUACAUUUGUGCAUGAUAUUAUCAGAAAAUAUACAUAUAUAUUUAAGUAUUCAGAAUAUCUUACUAAUAGGAGUUGAAAAACCAGGCCAGUUUGCCAGAGGUAGUGACGGGACCAUUACAUAUGACAAAAAGUACUGUAUGGGAAUGAGUCACACAUAUUGCACUUACUAUAAAAGAGACAAUGAAGUUUUAUACCGAUUUACUUUGAUUAUUGUUAUUUGUAAAGCUCUACUUGUGUCCUGAUCUGAUUUGUAUCAAAUGUUUACAGAGUGGUCUAAAGGGAAGUCGAUCAAAUUUAAUGUUGAAUCCAUCUACACAUGGAACCUGUUUAGUCAUUUCAAAGCCACUUUAUAAUAUGCUGCUAAACAUAUUCAAUGCCUCUGAACAUAACUUGUGAUAAAAUGCAGUAUUUUUCUUUGGAGUUCAAACCACUAUAAUUAUUUGGACUGCAUUGAUUAUGUUACACAUGAAGUGAUCUGCAUCAUCUGGUUCAUCUAACAGCUUAACCACGCCGGGCAGGGUCCCUUCCUAUCUGGAGCUAACACAGUAGCCAAUUCAACCCAUUUCAUAUUGAUUCCUUUGAAGUCCAAAUAUUAUGCUACUUUACAAUUAUGUAACAUUCCACUUAAAAAGGGAGCAUUUCCCACAGGGAAAACCUCAAGGUAGUUCCUCAGAGUAUAUAGACUGGGUCUGAGUGCAAUUCGUUUGUCCAAUGUGAGUAUUCAUAUCUCAUUUGGUGUUCUAUUUCGGUUUUAGAAAGCACAGUUGUGUCUAAUUAUAAUAUUUGCACGGCUGUGGGGUUUGUAUUUGUCUGUGUUCUGUCCACUGUGGCCUGAGGCAGGAACCAUUCUCCGCUGGACUUGGUGAAGUGGUGCAGCAACGCAGCUGUUUGCCGUUCUAUUAGGAAGCGGGGAACCGGUGUGGGAACAAGCAUUACCCCAGGGAGAACCACAGAGAUAAACCCUCUCCAAAUUGAGCUGUGUACUCAGACCAUUGGGGAUAUCCUCCUCUAUUCCACUAGGAAAUCAAUGUCAGCGUUGCAUGGCUGGCUCUGAGUUGAGUUCUUUUUCUGCUGUUCAGAAAUAUUACCUCAAAGAUAAAUGGUCUUAUUUUGUUAAGGUAUAUUUUCAGGCAUUUUAUGCUUAUUUAGACGAAAGAGUGAUGAACGAUUGAGGAGUUUUUACUGGAAGAGUAAUAGGUCAGAUUGAAACCUACGUGGCAGCCGUACCUGGGUACUAGAGGCAGUGGCGUGGACUGCUGGACCACCCUGCAUGAUUUUACAGCUUUUAGAGAAGGUCAAUGAUAUCUAGGGAUAAGGGUUGUAAAUAAGGGAUAGCUGCAGUGCCUUUUUAAUGACACACAAUCUCAUCGAAUGGCUGCCUAGGUCAUGGACAUGAUUCAACACAACAAUCCACAUUUCUAUUGGAGGCCGAAAUAUCAUUGCUGGUCUCAUUAAAUAGUAUCGACUUUCCUUUGGAAGAAAUAAUUGUAAAAUGUCUUGACUGUACAUAUGUUUGAAGUAUAACAGAAUGACAACCAUUGUUAUAGAAACUAUUGGAGCACUUAGGUCACGGUACAAUAUUGAAUAUCUAUUUAAUAAAAAAAAAAGGUUCUA